CAGGAGAUCAGUUCGCCAAAUAUCAGCGAUACAAACAGAAUGAAGUUGCUAGGAGUUUUGCUGCUGUGUGCGGUCGUGGUAGCGGUGCCGACUGCCGUAGAAAAGAUCGACCUCGGCUUCGAUAUUUCCGAUAAUGGACUUACGGGCUCCGAGAGGAACGCAGCCAUUGAAUUCCUUAUCAACCAGUUGAUCCGUCAGCUAUUCAACUAUAUCCGUGUCGUCAUUAACAGUGGAUCUUCACUCUUUGGCAUUCCACCUCUAGACCCCUUGUUCUUGGAGGAAUUCCACCUAUACCUUCCAUUGGGACUCGUCAACCUUGACCUGGACUUGAAGAAUGCCUUAAUGACUGGUAUCGGCGGAUUCGAGGUGCAUACCAGCAGGUUCACGCCGUCCGACUUGUCCUUCGAAGUGGACAUCUCUGUGCCCAGCAUUGUGAUCGAAGCCGAGAGCUACGAUUUGGUUGGAGAUCUGCUAACUGCUAUUCCUCUGUACGGAAAAGGCAAAGCAAGAUUCCAAAUUGAUGGUUUCCGCUUCAGUGGAACGUUGAUCCUGAAGCAGUCGGAAGAUGGCCAGUCGGUGCUAGUCGACAGAGUCAUCAACUCCUCUUACCAGAUUCCUCAUUUCAAGUCCGAGCUGACCGGCGUGAUCGGGGGCGGUAACAUCGACCAGGUGGUGAACGCCAUGCUCGAGGAUGUGAUCAUCGACUACGCCAACCGCUUCCAGGGCGCCAUCGCCGCUGGCGUGUCGUUCGCGCUCCCGACGGCCGUCAACCCCGUGCUCGCAACGCUCGACACCUGGAAAUACAUCGAUAGAUUCGUCUAACCUCUCAGCUGCUUUACAAUAACCUCCUAAGGCCCAAG